AUUUUUUUAUUGCGGUUCCGAAACUGGCUAGCGUGCUAACGUUAGCGAACAGAAGAGUCAUUUUAUCGCGACGCCUAAAUAAGCUGGAUCACAGGACAGUGGCGACGGCACGUUGAGCCCCGCAUCUGGAGAAAACAUUUUAAAAUAUUAGUGGUCAUGGCAGAUCUCGGACUGAAAAAGGGAGAUAAAGUAUUGGUGGUAUGGACCCACCCAUCCUCUCCUACAGCUCUGAAGGAGUUUGCUGAGGCUGUCAGUGCUGUGGUUGGUGGUCAGGACCUGGUGUCCCUUGAGAACAUGCAAAGGCUCCAGAUGUCAUCUCACUCGGCUUCAAGUUACGACAGGGUUCUGUCCCAGCUGCUUCCUGACACCGCUUCAGUCCACAGCUCUGAGAUCCUGGCCGAGAUGGCCCGGGUCCUGAAACCUGACGGGAAGCUGGUGCUGGAGGAGCCUGUAUCAGGUUCUGAAGAGGUAAAUGGAUUUAAGACAGCUGCAAAGCUCAUGGCAGCACUCAAACUCUCCGGCCUCGUUUCCGUCACAGAGGUGAAGAGUGAAGCCCUGAGCUCUGAGGCUCUUAAUCAGCUCACAGAUGUCCAGGCAAAAUCUCUGUCUAGGGUGCGAAUUACGGCGUCCAAACCCAACUAUGAGGUCGGAUCGUCGUCACAGCUCAAACUGUCCUUCCCCAAGAAAACAGAAAAGCCAGCUCUCGAUCCUGGUGCCGCCAAAUUGUGGACUCUUUCAGCUAACGACAUGGACGAUGAUGACCUGGACUUGGUGGACUCUGACACACUCCUGGAUCCCGAAGACCUGAAGAAACCUGACCCGGCUUCACUCAGAGCAUCCUCAUGUGGAGAAACGGGAACUAAGAAGAAAGCCUGCAAGAACUGCACGUGUGGCCUCGCCGAGGAGCUGGAGCAGGAAAACAAAGCGGCUCAGAAAGCAAAUCAACCAAAAUCCGCCUGCGGAAACUGUUAUUUAGGAGAUGCUUUCCGCUGUGCCAGCUGCCCGUAUCUCGGCAUGCCUGCAUUUAAACCAGGAGAGAAGGUCGUUCUGGCCAACACGCAGAUCGCAGACACAUAAAACAUGACAAUUCCCCAAAGCGAUGAUUCAUUCCAUUUCCUACAUUUAUGGUCAAUGCGUGGAUUUAACAUCACCAUCAUAUCAAACUCAUUCACAAAAUGAGUAUAAAUGCAAAUAAAUUUGAUGAGAAAAAUCAAAACUAUACAGUAUAUUAAAGUGUAUAAGCCUUAAGUAACUGAUCCACCAGGUGAUAUAAAAUCCUGACCUUCUCCAUUUUUCUUUUUUUUUACAACCCAAACUGUCCAUAGGUAUCUUGUGGUCUGUGUAUUAUAAAAUGGCAUUUGAUGCAAUAAAUAAAUAAAAUGAUUGCACACAGUGUGUGUGUGUGUGUGUGUGAGCGAGGGAUAGAAAGUCGAUCAAUCAAUUAACUUGCAUUUAUAUUUACAUUUCUAAAAACUGUACUGGGCAAGUGGUUAAGGCUCUGGAUUGUUGGUUGGAGUAUCAGGGUUCAAGCCCCAGCACCACCACGCUCCACUGAUGGACAAUUAAACAAGGCCCUUAACCCUUUCUGCUCCAGGGGCACUGUAUCAUAGCUGCCCCUGUGCUCUGACCCCAACUUCCUCCGCUGCAAAAUGUGAAGAAAAGAAUUCCACUGUGCUGUAAUGUGUAUGUGGUGAUGAAUUCAAUUAAAUUUAUUUUGUAUGAA